GCAUUGCCUUCCACUUCAAUCCAAACCGCUAGCGACUGCACAUAACGUUACCGCGUCGAAUCAAAAUAUACGCUUAAAACUCGUGAACAAAAUCGUCUAGUUAUCGUCGUUUUUAUUCAUAUCACAUAAUAUAGCCGUCGAAACAAAUAAACCUUGUAUAUAACUGACAGCGACCGUGAAAAUAUCGUAUUACAUACUAAUACAUCAUUAAGAAAACACUUCGAAGUAGUGCAAUAAUUACGUUAAUCUUGAAUUUAGAAAGGCAAAUCUGAAGACAUGCCACCUAAUUCUGUUGACGCAAAUGGGGUAUUGUUCGAAACUGAUGCAGCCACUCCUGAUAUGGCACUCCCCACUGUUCCAAUACAGCAAGCAGACAAUUAUCCUAGGAAAUAUGUUUGGAGAAACAUCAUAGCCUUCACAUAUUUACAUAUAGCGGCUUUAUAUGGAGGAUACCUCUUUCUUUUCUCAGCCAAAUGGCAAACUGACAUUUUUGCCUACAUUUUGUAUGUGAUGUCUGGACUUGGGAUCACAGCAGGAGCUCAUAGGCUUUGGGCUCACAAAUCAUAUAAGGCAAAGUGGCCGUUGCGACUCAUUCUGGUCUUUUUCAACACCCUAGCUUUCCAGGAUUCUGCCAUCGACUGGGCUCGUGACCACCGCAUGCACCACAAGUACUCGGAGACGGACGCGGACCCGCACAACGCGACUCGCGGCUUCUUCUUCUCGCACAUCGGCUGGCUGCUCGUCCGCAAACAUCCCGAGCUCAAAAAGAAGGGCAAGGGACUCGACUUGAGCGACCUGUACGCGGACCCGAUAUUGAGAUUUCAAAAGAAGUACUACUUGUUGCUUAUGCCGAUUACGUGCUUCGUGCUGCCGACGAUCAUACCAGUAUAUUUCUGGGGCGAGACAUACAUCAACGCUUACUUUGUGGCAGCCAUGUUCCGGUACGCGUUCAUACUAAACGUCACGUGGCUGGUCAACUCGGCUGCACACAAAUGGGGGGACAAGCCCUACGACAAGAAUAUUCAGCCGUCCGAGAAUAUAUCCGUAUCCGUUUUCGCACUCGGCGAAGGUUUCCACAACUAUCACCACACAUUCCCGUGGGAUUAUAAAACGGCGGAGCUCGGUAACAACAGGCUGAAUUUUACGACGAACUUCAUCAACUUCUUCGCGAAGAUCGGCUGGGCUUAUGAUCUGAAAACCGUAUCUGAUGAAAUUGUGAAAAAUAGAGUCAAGCGCACGGGUGAUGGUACUCAUCACCUCUGGGGCUGGGGCGACAAGGAUCACUCCGUGGAGGAGAAAAAAGCAGCCAUCAGGAUCAAUCCGAAGGAUGAGAAAGAUGACUAGAUAUGACGCCCACGCGGAUACCGCAUAUUAAUAAUAUAUUAGCAAAGCGUAUAUAGUUUAAGUUUGUUGUGAUAAUAGUUAUCGAUAUCUAAAGAUAUCUUUUUUUUUAAUUUUCUUCUUCAGCAGAUCUGCUUUUCCUUUUGAAACAAAGUCGUCGAUUUUAAAAUUAGGUCGAUAGAGGCUAUCGAGAGUUCACUAGCGGCAACAUUAUGUAUAUGAUGUUCUUCCAGUCGGCAGGCGUUUGAAGGAUUUUUUAAUGUCUUUGUAUGUCUUAAUAUUAAUCGAUUAUAACAAGAGAUUAACUCAAAUCGAAUACGAAUAUGAUUCAAAUUAAAUUAUUAGUAUUGUUAUUGACUAAAAUUUUAUCUGACUAAUAUAAUUAUAGAGAAACUCUUAAAGAAGAAUGUAGGUCUAUUUUUAAUAUGCACUGAUUGCUUAAACUAAUAAAAUGUUGUAUAACAUUUGUUGGAAAACCAUACGAGCACAACUUUUAUAAUAUUGCGCAUACGCAUUGCUAUGCUUCUUUAAUUUUCGUACAUUUUUAGCACUAGAAACAUUAGCGCAAGUGUCAAGAACAAUCCUACAAAGUUUGAACUCAAUCGAAUGGUUUACGAUCGUAUAUAAUACGAACAAACAAGCAUUCAAUUUUAUAUGGUAUGACGUAACGGUAUGUAUGUGUAAUGGUAUGGGACACAUCAGUAUUAUCACCACAUACAGUACAUUAGUUCGUGUAAUACACUAGUCGUUCGCAUUUGUAGCAAUUUUAGUGAGUCAAAUCAUUUGAUACACAUUGACAUAUUGAAACCCAGUAAUUUAUUUAAAAACAUAUUUAAUGUUUUAGUUUUACGGAUCGUAGGAUAUGAAUAUGUGGUUUGUAAGGAUUACAUACAUGAGGCAUUGUGAAGGCAUUCGAUUGUAAACAGGUGUUGUUCAAACAAUGAUGUUUUAUUAAUUGAUACCUAAUUGACAUUGAAAUUGCGUUUAAAAUCCGUUGUUUAAAUAUACCGUAACGUUUUCGACAAUUUUCGUCAUGAGUGUGAAAGGAGAUGGGAAAUGUACAAGAAUAAAAGAGAUAGCUAUAUUUACACAACUGCACUUCAAAUAUUUUGUUUGGCGCUUCAGCGUGUAUCUGUUCCCUGAUAAAUUAUAAUGUCAUUGAAUUUAAAAACACCUAUGAAUGUCAACAAUGCCUAUGAUUUCGACUGAUGUGUAAAGAGAUUGUGAUAUUUAGGACGGUAAAUAAAGUAGAUGGAAAUAAAACAUUCAAAUCGUAAUGAAAUUUUAUGUUUAAUAUUUAUUUUUCAUUUAAAUGCACAAAU